AUGGUUCCCAUAACCUAUGAGUCUUGGCUAGAAGUUAGUGAAGAAGUAAGGGAAGGGUUAUGGCAAUAUGUAUUGAUUUGUUUUCAAACCAACCCUUUUUUUAUGUUUCAAGAAAAGUUUGUAGUUGACCCAAAGAGCCAGAAGCAAACUCCCCAAUCGAUCAGGAAGAAGUGGAGAAAAUUCAAACAUUAUCUAUAUGCCAAGUUCAUUAAGAACCGAAGUAAAGAUCCGAAGAUAAAUCUAUUCAAACCUCCGAAAGAUUAUCUGUUUAUAAAGAAAGAAGACUGGAAAGUUUUUGUAUCCCAUAGAGUUAUAAAAAAGUGGGAGGAGAAAAGUACAAAGGCUAAAAAUACCCCUGCACAUCAUAAAUACAAUCAUCGUUUGAGUAGAAAAGGAUAUGUCGGACUCAUUAAUGAUAUCAUGCAUGAAACCGGCAAGACGGAAGAGGAGAUUGAUAGGACACUCCACAAGUUGCCAAGUAGGGGCGUCAUUGUAGACGUUGAAAAAAAACCACGGGAUGAAUCACUUGAUAAUUCAUGUCUUCUUGCGGUUGAAUUUGCUGCAAAUGUAGUCGCUAAAGGAACCAUAAUGAAUUGAAAACAUUGAAGUUGUGAUGGAAACAAUUUUACAAGGAGAAGCUUUAAUACCCAUUCCACUUGAAGAGGAGUUCAUUGUGAAG